AUGAGGUUGUUUUAUGAUAAUGAGUUUUUCAUCGAACUGGCGAUAAAUCGGUUCUUGAAAUCAGUCAACUAUGAGACACCUCUCGCCCGAAAUACCAGUUAUCUUUGGGGAGAUGAUCGUCUAAAAUGGCAUGAACUAUACAAUCCGAACGUUGUUGUAAUGCAUCCAAUCAAAGCAAAUCAGUUCAAAAUUCCAAGUGAAACAAGGAAAAGAUACUGUGGCUCAGUUCUUCAGACUUGGUCUGAUAUUUUAUUUCAUGGAGCUCGUAAUUUUAUAACGAAGAUGGGCGAUUAA